GCAUGGUGUCGAGCGGCUGGCAGAAGCUCUUCCUGCUGGAAAAAGUGGUGCUGCUUUCGCAGCCUUCUACAAGAGCUUCGGCUGGGAAAGCUCGGCGGAGUACUUCGCUGCGAUGGGCGAGCACCAGGUAAUGUUGGUGGAUGUUGACCACAAUGACUCAGAUGACCGUUUGGCGAUUAUGCUGCUAGCAUGCCAGGUGGCAAGUGCCAAUGCGGAGCGACGGCUUUCUACGCCUGAUGCUGCAUGCAAGGUCUACCUGGACUGCAG